AUGGAGCCUCCAAAGACGUUCGCAAACAACUUCUGGGGCAAAGAUGAUGUAGGUUACACUCGUCUUCUCCAGAGAAUGCACCACGCUAAACAGACAUGUGAGGAAGUCCAGACUUUUUACAAAGAACGACAAGCAAUUGAAGAAGAGUAUGCUCGCAAGCUACUCCAGCUAUCACGACGGGCUCUUGGUGAAAACGAAACCGGUUCUCUCAAAGAGUCCUUGAACACCGUGAGGUCCACCACCGCCGCCAUGGCCAAGAGCCACGAGGCUGAGGCGCUGCAAAUCUCUACCCAGCUCCUCAAGCCUCUUCAGGCGUUUGCUGCAUCAAUGCGUGAGCGUCGCCGUCAAGGUGAGGACGCAAUGGUCAGACUCACCAAGACUAAAGCUAAUCAAAACACGGCUGCGGAGAAGAGCAGAAACAAGUACGAACAAGAAGCCCACAACAUUACAGGAUAUCUUGCUCAGCAGAAUUUACUUAUGGGCCGUGAUCUGGACAAGAAUAAUCAAAAGCUUGAGCGUAGUCGUAUGGCCGUUGACGGUCUCCAGCGCCAAUACCGUGACAACCUCAAGAUGCUUUCCGAAACAAUUGAUCACUGGAACCACGAGUGGAAAAAUACUUGCGACCGCUUCCAGACUCUUGAAGAGGAGCGAAUUGAUUUCCUCAAGUCCAAUCUGUGGGCUUAUGCAAAUGUCGUUUCCAGCGUAUGCGUUAGCGACGACGAAGGCUGUGAGGUGAUCCGCGUGGCCCUUGAAAAAUGCGAAUCGUCAAAGGACAUUGCUGAUUUUAUUGAAUUUCAAGGUACUGGAUCUCAUAUUCAGGAUCCACCGGAGUUUUGCAAUUUUAUGGGCGGGUUCUCCCGUGACGAUGGCGAAGGCGCUUACCGGGUUGCUAACUUUAGCCGCGACGGUGCCUUUGACGAUGAACAUGAGGAUGAUAGGUCCCAAAAUGAGAGUAUGUUUGAUACCUCAUACUAUGGUUCUCAUGGCACCGAGACGGGAGGUAAUAAUGCCAUGAAAAAUGUGCCUGAACUUGUUCCCGCCAGCGACGACGGCUACGCGAGCAGUUCGCCUAGCCAUUUAGGCACCUCACCUCACAGCUCUAUCUAUUCAAACAGUAUUGGUGGAUCUCCUGAUUUCCAAACUGCCGCCAACUUCAACCCCAUUGAGGUGACGGCUGUUUCCAAGCCUGAAAACGCUGUUCGCCCAACCCAGAUGCGGCCAGCCGCCGUGCUGCAGCAACCCCAAGCGCGUGAACAAAAACGCCGGUCAUGGGCUAUGCCGUUCAAGCGUCAGAGUACGCCAGAUCUAUCCAAGAUCUGGCAGCCCUCCGAAUCUGAGCGUAACAAGUUCUCUGAUUCCUCAGCUUUUCCUGCGCACACUGAUGUUCGCCAAGCGCCGCCAUCGGCAGCCACAACCCAAGAUCCUCUGCUUGUAGCUGUGGAGCGUCUCAAGGCAGAGUCUACAACCAGGCCAGCGAAAACUCGGCCAAUGAGCAUGCCUGGUAUUAAUACGCUACAUCAACAGAGCGCAAGCGGUCCUUAUGGUAACGGCCGGGCAACCACUGAGCGGUUGGACAGUAGUGUUUCGCGCAAAUCGCCUACUCGUAAAGAGGUUGGAGCGGGAAUGGCACAGAAUGGCAUGUAUUCGGCAUCGGCAGCCUCUCCGCAGGGGCAGCCCAUGCGCUACCACCACGCCUUGGCACCACAACAAGCAAAGGCCGCACAGUAUGCUCAGUAUUCACAGCAGGUUAACCAGCAGCAGACUCGAAGGCCUCGGUCCAAGUCAACCGUCGAGGCGAGAGACAGUCGCAUGCAGCUGCCUACUCGAACUACCAACGGGAUGCGGGUCAUCCGAUAUAGUCGGGCUCAAUACGACUAUCGGGCAGCAAUUCCCGAAGAAGUCAGUUUCCGCAAGGGAGACAUUUUGUUGGUAACGGUUAUGCAGGAAGAUGGAUGGUGGGAAGUCGAGGUUCUUGGAAAGAAUCGCUUUGGCUUGGCCCCCAGCAACUUUUUAGUUUCAGUUUGA